AUGGCCCGUCGCCGGCGGCCCCCGCGCGCCGGCGCCCUUAGCGAGCUCCCGCCGCUGCGCAUCUUCAGCCAAAUUGUCGCCCUCCAAUCACUCUAUUACUUCGCCGCCCUAAUCCUCUUCCUCUUCACCGCGCUGGUCGCGGGCACCAAGUUCAGUCUAGAUCUCAUCUUUGGAUGGGAUGCUGUCCGCGGAGAUACAACGCAGGGCUGGCUGAUGGGGGCCGCCGCCAUCGUAGUCCUAAUCGGGCGCUCCAAGCUCGUGCUUGACUUCGCGCUAUCCAUGCAUGCCAUCCAUCUGGUUGUCGUGACAAUAUAUUCUGGUCAACUGCCACGCAAUACAGCGUGGUGGGUGGCCAUGGCUGCGGCAAGCGCAGUGUCCGUUGCUAUAGCUACCUGGGGAUGCCGCCAUCGCGAAUUGAAACCUACUUUCUCUUUUGGCGGUGGCGGCAUUGCAGCAUCGUCAACAGCGGCUGGAGGGAAUGGAGAUGGAGGAGAUGGUGUUGGGGAUGGGGGUAUGGGAGGUGAUGAGGAACAGGGGUUUUCGAGGGGAAGGGGGAGAGGGAGAGGGAGAGAUGGCGCCGGUGAAUAUGAGAUGGUGGCUAUGAAUGAUACGGGGAGGUGA